AUGUACAACUCUGCACUGGAGUGGUUGCAAAAGAAGUUGCAAAAGUUAUCACAGUCCGAUUCGGAAUCCAAUCAUCAACAACUUAAUCAAUUAGAAAUUCAUUCCGAGAAUAAUGGUAUGGAAACAUCCAAUCAUUCUCGAAGAAGAACAAAAUGGAUAAAAUUCAUGAUCAUCCUAUCAUCGGGAUUGACUCUCAUCAUCACCAUAAUUAUUUAUUACAAAAUUCAUUCCAAGAAUCAACAUUCCACAACACUUGAUUUCAUUUCCUUUAGAAAAACGCCAUCCAAUUAUUUUCAUGAAUUUAAAUCAAUUUCCAAAACGAGAAAUUCAAGCCUCAACACCUCUCGAGGUAAUUCCAACCCAUCAUGGUCAUCCAACAACACUGAAGCCUAUCUCAACGAUACAGCCUCUUAUUAUCAAUACAUGCUUUCAUCAGAGUCUUCAACAAACGGUUUGAAAUUUAAUCCUCAAUGGAAAUUUAGUCCUUCGUAUACAGAUCCCACAACACUCAGUUCUCAACAGAAAAAGAAGACUCAUUCAUCAUUACUGCCAGGCUAUGGUUUUGUACAAUAUAGAAGUCAAUCCUUGUUGGGACGAGAGGCUGGAUUGCCACGUGUGUUCUCGUCUUCUCCAAGUGAGGAUUUGUCUUUAUUGAGAACGAAUAUUCAUGGCAGUGAUUUCACACAUGAUUGGACCUAUUAUUUAGAAAAGAUUAGAUAUAUUCUAUCAUUGCUGUAUUAUCGAUUACCAAGAGCUAUUGCAGAGUGGGAAUUAUGGUUGGGAAUGGCAUCUUUGGGGUUGUAUCAUGUGUGGAUGAAUCAACCAUUUUCAAAAUGGAGAAAUUCCAAAGAAAAAGAGAAGCAACAACAACAACACGAGGCCAAACACUUUAUGGAUGGUGUCAUGCAUCGAGUGAUAUCCGAAAAGAAUGAAAUUGAGAAUUCUCGAAAGAGGAAUCAAAAAAUUGUUAAAAUUAUUGGAGAAGGAUCCAACAUCGAAGGACUCGAAGAAAAUUUUGAAAAGUUACUUUCCAAUGAACAGGCGGAUAGCUAUCUGUAA